AGCAGACCCGGGGUUGCCUUGUCAGCUUGCCUCUUAAACCAUCCAAGGCUUCUUAGCGAAGCCACCACGUACAGUCCGAGCUGUCCCCUUCAUUUGGGAAGCGUUUUUGGGGCCAGGGCGUUUGGUGUGUCUCUGAAUCUUCCCUUAAUGCGUCUAGUACAAGAGACGAUGUCCGCAGAGGGGCCUUCGAGUCAGCCAUGGCGCUGUGCAUCCGCGUGGCGCUACCCAGUGGCCGCACGGCAGACGUCCCGCUGGAGCGCGAGGCGACGCUGGGGGAUCUCAAGACUGCGGCGCAGCGGCAGUUGCAGGCCGGCGUGCUGCGGCUGAUGCAUCCGUCCAGCGGAGAGCUCUUGGAUCUGGCGCAGUCCGUCGAAGCUGCAGGACUCGCUCCGGAGGCCACCGUUCUGGCCAUCGCGCAGCCAAUGCAGCUCUCUGCCACCAAGUUUUCCUUCGCCCUGCGCUGUGGGGGUCGCGUGGUCGCCUGGGGGGCGCCGAGAGAUGGGGGCGAUUGCAGCAGGGUGCAGCAUCAGCUGCGCGAGGUGGAACACUUGGAGGGCAGUGACCGGAGCUUCUCGGCACGGCUCUCUUCGGGACAAACGGUGGCCUGGGGUGGCCUCGAGUGCUCGACCCGCACGCAGGAGCUGCAAGAUACUCUUGCCGCCGCGCAGCAGAUCUACGACACGGACACCGCUCAUGCAGCUUUGAUGCCCAAUGGAGGCGUCCUUGCAUGGGGAGAUCCAGAAAGAGGUGGCGACUGCAGUGAAGUUGAAGAAGAUCUGGUGGGUGUGACGUCGCUGGUGGCCACCAGCGAUUCCUUCUGCGCCCUGUUGGCCGACGGCCGCCUGGUCACCUGGGGCGACAUGGAUCUGGACCUGGGCUUCGGCACCGGGCCGCACGGCCAAACGCUGCAGGGCCGGCCCGACCACCGAGGCGGCCGAGCGCCGCGGGCGAAGGCGGUGGCGGCCACGGUGCACGCGUUUGCGGCGAUUUUGAGGGAUGACACGGUGCUGGCGUGGGGCGAUGAAGCCUAUGGUGGACGCUUAAACGUCGAGCUGCGCGAGGUGGAGAAGCUCCAAGCGACGAGCAAGGCCUUUGCAGCUCUGAGCACGGACGGAUCGAUCUAUGCCUGGGGCGACCGAGAGCAUGGUGGGGAGAUCAGUGAGACAAUCCAGGAGCAGUUGAGAGAGGUGCGCCACCUGGCCUCCACGAGCUCCGCCUUCUGCGCGCUCACCGCGGACGGUCGCCUCGUCUGCUGGGGCAGCGCCGCCCACGGCGGCGCCGGACCCGGACCGGCCGCCACGGGGCGGGCGGUGGCGGUGCGGGGCGGCGACGCCGCGUUCGCCGCGGUGCUUGAGGAGGGCACCGUGGUGGCUUGGGGUGCGAGCUGCGGGGGUUCAGUGCCGGAAGAAGUGCAGGAGCAGCUGACUGGGGUGCAGGACCUGCAGGCGACCCUGAAGGCCUUCGCAGCGCUCACGUCCGAUGGGCGCGUGGUUUGCUGGGGAGAUCCCAGCCUGGGAGGUGCACCGAGCCACCAGGUGAAAGAGCAGCUGAAGGAGCUUCUCUGAGCCCACGAAGGACCUGACCAGCGAGGAAUGACCACCUUCCGCGCGCUGCGGUGGGGUCGCCGGACAACGUUCCGUGGGUUCCUCGGCCGCGGAUAGGGAUGGCUCGUUCCGUCCAAAAGGGACGUCGCGGAGCGAUGCGCCGGGGCCGUGUGGAAGUCAAUACUGUUUCAGCCAAACGUGGAUGAACUUGGUUUCGAUGUCCGAUGUCCAUUGGUUGCAGGGGUAGGCACAAGUCAAAAAGGUGGACUGGAACAUGCAGACAGGACGCCAAGUGGCCGACCUGCGCUUGGCCAGCUGGCCUCCUUUCUUUCCUUC